AUUUACAAAAAUAAGUCAGCAUGGAAUAUUUUCUACUUGUAUCGUUGGCAAUUAUGUCAGGGAUCCUUAGUCAAAAGUGCAGUUUUUCGGGACUUGAGGAUUGUGUAUCGCAGCCAUCUAUACUGAAUUAUACGCAAAAGAUCAGUUCAUUAGACUUUAUAGAAACACUUAAUCCUCAAAAAGCCGUAGAUGAACAUUGUAGUAUCCAAUGGAAGCUAGUGUCGUGUUUUCAGGACGUGAAAAGAUGUUAUCCUUCAAAAGGCCUCUCUUUGGCCUCUGAUUUGGUGACUUCUGCUGUGAAAUAUCUGUGUACAGAAGGGAAACCAGGAUUCAUUGAUAACUUUCACUGUAUGAUGACCAACUUUGCGGGAGAUCAUAACAAUUUGCAGUCUUGUAAGAAAUUCUAUCCAGAACUUAUCAAAGCAAGCAAACGCAAAGCUGGUUCUGAUGCUUCCAGUGAAGAAUGCAUCGUGUUAAAGAAAGUUUUGGCCUGUAUUGAGGACAGGGCCCAGACUCUGUGUGGUGGCAAAGCGGCAACUUAUAUACGUUCUUACCUGGAAGCCUCGAUGAAACCUUUGACCAAAGGCAUUACUUGUAACAAUGGUCAGACGACAAUCACACAUCGAGGGACAUUCUUCAUGAUAUUUGUUGCUUUUUCAAUUUGUCUCUUUAAUUUUCUAUAUGAUUUCUGAACUAAAUAAAUAUAUCAUCACUUUAUUAGUUUUUUUUUUUCAAAAUUCUUUCUUCAUAUUAAUUAAUCCUCUCAAAUAAUACAUAAAGACAGGUGUGACAGAUGGAAAGAGGAAGAGACCGUUUAUGCUA